GCAUCCUGUUUGCAGUUGAAACAAGCUUUUUCCAGCAGCUGCUUUUCCUCCAACCCUCUCAGGAGAAGUGGAGCCGGCUGGCAUGGCCCUCUGGGUGCUAGUUUUACUGGUGGCAUUUACUCAAGAUAGCCUUUCUGCUUCAAAUAACACAAGCAGAGCCGGUCUCCUGGAGACAGCAACAGCUAGCCCUACAGCAGCUGCUACAGCCUCAGAUAUAACACAGAGCGCUGCAGAUGUCACCUCCAAAGCAACCAGCGCAUCUAGGCCUCGAUCCACCGAAGCCACCAGCAGCGCCACAAAAGCAAACAAUUCCAGCACCGAUCUGGUCACCGUGAUUUCUCCUACCAGUUCCACAGCGUCCCUCACUAACCAGAGGGCUGAGUCCGUCAACAGCAGCACUCAGGCGGAUCAGCCUAGCCCCGAGUCUCCCGUUUCACUAAAACCAGGCCUGGUGGUUGUGAUCUGCAUCUUCGUCUCCAUCUUGUUCAUUGGCGCAGUUGUGGUCUUAGUGAAAUGCUGCCAUCGGAGGGAACCAGCCUUCAAGAAGCUGGACGAGGUGCCAAUGGUGUGUAGACCAGGGAGAGAAGAGUUGCAGAAGAUUCUCCAUUUGCCCGAUACCCACCAAAAUAACCAAGCACACCCUUUCCAACUCCUCUUGUGGAUUCUUGCUCCAUGGAUACUUGAAGCAGGCAUCAAGAAUGUCUGCUUCCCAUAGUGAUUUUGUGUGUGAAAUAAACUUAUUCUGGUUGUAUGAGGCCAAUUA